ACAUACCAACGGGAGGCGCGGAUGGAAAGAGAGCUCUAAGAGCUGGAAGGGCGAGGAUGGUGGCGAUGGGGAACAAGAGUAUCGUCUCUGGAAUUCUCUCGGAUUCUCGUUUCUUUCGGCCUCUUGAACCAUACGUGCAUAGAACUGAUAUUGUGAGGGCGAGCGACAUCAGCACGAGGAGGUUUUCCACUGAGCAAGGGUAUACAGGAUCCAUAUCCCGACUGCUAAAGAUAAAGCUGUUGGCAGUAUUGAUGACCGGAAAUGCGAGGAACGGGAGAGACGUGGACGAGCUCUGCCUUUCGGUUUCUCGUAUUUUCAAUAUGAAGGACGGUAUCAAAAUACGUUCCAAACGGGAAACUGCAUAUAAGGCUUAUGUCGUACUCAUCGUGCCACCUGAAAGUUGGGUUGUGAUACCCAAUUACAACACGACUCCUAAGCUGAAAUUAGCGAAUUUGAUUCUAAUACUCAUAAAAUUAGGUGUACAAGAUGUCAUAGACCACGACAUGAACAUCAGGAAUUCCACACCCGAGGAUGAAGACCCGAAGAUAGACUUCAGCCUUGUCAGGGCUAGCGCCAUUUAG